CUUAACGAGUUGAUGAGACAGUCGCCACGACAAAAAAAAAGUAGUCGCAGUUUCAGUCGAGCUGUGAGUCACUUCAUAGCAAAAGCAAGUAGUGUUGCGUCUUUUGGCUAAUUUUUUGGAUGGGUGCGAGUGAAACGUUUUAACGUUUGUUACAUCCACGACGCUCUUUAAUUUGGAUUUCUCGGUUGAGGGUGAACAAGGCGUACACGAAUCAUGAAUUACGGAGAGUCAUUUGGGUGGGCUGUAUCCAUGGUCUUCGUACUUCAGAGCCUUCAGUUCGGAUUUGGGUGUGAAGGGCAAGACUGUGAAGAGAGUAGAAAGUCAGAAUCUUCUAGAAAACCCACGACUCGCCACAGUGAAUUUCUGAAACAAUUCAAUGAAAUGAAUACUCGGCUAGAAGAAAAGAAGCACAGAGACUAUGGAGAGGUGUUGCCUUUCAUUGGUCUUACUGGAAGUUCCAGACUAAACAGAAACUGUUGUCAGAAUGGGGGUACGUGUAUUUUGGGGAGCUUUUGUGCAUGUCCAAAGCAUUUUAUAGGCAGGAGCUGUGAAUAUGAUGAACGGAUCAGAAAUUGUGGAGCCAUUCCUCAUGGGGAAUGGGUGCAGAAGGGAUGUUCAUAUUGUCGUUGUGGCUAUGGAGUUCUCCAUUGCUUUCCUCGAGUAUUUCAAGAAAAUUGUGAUGACACACAGGAGGAGUACAAGUUUCAUUCAAAUGGCUGCCGGCUGCAUCAGUCCUGGUCAUACCUGGUGAUUCUUGCAUUGCUCACACUUGCUUUGCAUUUGCUUUAAAGACUUUGGAGAGUUUGUGGAAAUUUUACAUUAACCCAUUGACAAAUCCCAAAAAAAUCCCAGAUGUUCCGAGGAGACUGAAAUGUAUUAUACAUUUGACAUUUUUUCAUUAUACCCAGCUGACAUUUACUCCUUUUGAGUAUUUAAGAGAAAUCUGUUCAGAUUUUAAUAUUGUACAUAUUUAGCUGUAUAUAUUCUGAACUGUUUGGAUGCACAAAUAAAUGUUCUAUUUUAA